GCCUGUGCCUUCCGGGGUUUGGGGCUGGGACUAUAGAUAGUCCUUGGAGCCCAGUGAAAGCAGCUAAGGGAGGAGGCGGGGCUCUGUCGAGUUCCUCUUCCACCUUCCCCCAUCCUUCUCUUCCAACCUCCGUACGGCCCCUAGAUUGAUUCCUGUCUGCUGCAGCUGCUCUCCAGCCGUUUGCAGGACUCAAACUACAGCCGGUGUUCACAGGAUGGCGAUCCGUGUUUAUAUUGCAUCUUCCUCUGGCUCCACGGCGAUUAAGAAGAAACAGCAAGAUGUGCUUGGUUUCUUAGAAGCUAACAAAAUAGGAUUUGAAGAAAAAGAUAUUGCGGCCAAUGAAGAGAAUCGUAAGUGGAUGAGAGAAAAUGUACCUGAAAAUAGACGACCAGCUACAGGGUAUCCCCUGCCACCUCAGAUUUUCAAUGAAAGCCAGUACCGUGGGGACUAUGAUGCCUUCUUUGAAGCCAGAGAAAAUAAUGCAGUGUAUGCCUUUUUAGGCUUGAAGGCCCCACCUGGUUCAAAGGAAGCAGAAGCUCAGGCAAAGAAGCAAGUGUGAAUCUUAAACAUACUUACCACCUUAAGCAUCUUGAAAAAAAGUCUCCAUUGCUUUUAUAAAAUAACAAAAUUAGCUUGGCUUUAAAAUAAGUAGGCUUAAUGUUGAAAUCGUAGAUUAGUUGUCAUUUUCACAUGCAAACAAUCAAAAUGAAUACAUAAUUAAAAUGUGAAAGUUAUGAUGAGGAAAAUGGGAGGUGAAUAUAAAAUUUUAAGUAGACGUAAUGGAAUAAUAUUGUUGUCUGUGAAGGCAUUUUAUGUAUUUCAUUGAUUUUAAAAGCAAACACCUGUUACCUUUUUUGUUAUUAUUAUUGCAGCUUAAGCAUAUCUGUAGCAUACCUGUAGCUUUAAAAUUACAUUGAGUAAUUUUAAAAGGAGAGUGAGAAAGAAUCUGACUUUUGUUCCCAAAUGGCUUCAUUUAUUUUAGUGAACAAAAAUAUGUACCUUUUGAUAAGAAAUUAUUGUGAUUAAAAAGUAGUUGCAGAUAAUGUUUAUGAUACGUGAGGCAUUGUAAUUUCUUAUGGUAAUUAUAACAUCAUUCUUUUGUAGUUGAAACUUCUGUGUACCAAACCACAGGUUCUUUAGGCUUCUAAAUGUAGCCUUUCAUUGCAUAUUUCAGUGAUCAGAAUAGAUGGUCUCCCACCAAAAAAGAAAAGAAAAAGAUGUAUUCAUCUUUUGGCUACACAGCUAUGAUGCAAUCAUGUUACUAAGUUGCUUAUCCCAGUUAAAUAUGUAAAUGUAUGUUAUGGAAGUGGGAUGGCAAAUAAGUUUAAAAUGGCAUCUUUUUGCAAAGAGCUCAGAUUUUUAAUUAACUAUUGCAAAAUAGGAUGUAACUCCUUUUCUCCCUUUUAAAACAAUUUGUGAUCACAAAAGCCACUAUCUCAGAUAUUUCAACUUUUUGUUUCAGCUUAGGCAUAUAUUGUAUGAGAACAUUAACCCAAGUAGAGAGAAUGUUUUCUAUGCCUCUAUUCCAGUGAGUAGCAUAAGUAUCAGAUAAAAGGAUCAAUUUUUUAAGUGUUAAUUCUGAAAAUUUCUAAGAAGACAAGAAACAUUAUGGCCCAAAUCACCCAGAAAACAUAUAUAUUAUACUUUAUUUCAACAUUAUUUUAUUAGUAAAACACUUUUUACUUCAAAUUAGUUUAUCUUAUCAUUUUAUGUAUGCAAGUUUGUGCUUUUUGACAAAAUCAACAUGUAAUGAAGACAUGGCUUUGUUUACUGAGAUUCAAACUUAAUGAAAUGAUUUAAAAUAAACUCAGUACUUUCAGAAACACAA